AUGGCCAACAGUAUAAAACGACAAGCAUCCAUACCACCAGAAGAAAAGGGAGCCAAGAAGGCUAGAGAUAUUAAUGGGUUCAGACUUAAACAACAGGAUAGAGACAAAGUAACACUCACAGCAUAUGAGCAACUUGGAGGUGAAAAUUAUAAAGAUGAGACUAACACUAUAUCACAAAGAAAGACCAUUCAAGAAGAAGAAACCGAAGGAGCAAGUUAUUUGAUAGAAGGGAGGUUAAGAAAAGUCCCACCUUACUUUUUCACUUAUUUGACUUAUUGUAAAUUAAGAUGGAGGGAUCGUAAGCUUAUAGAAAUUUUCACUAAUGAGUUUAGAGAUAAGAAUGCAGACUUUUACGAGAAGGCCAUUGAAGCAGGACAAGUGACAUUGAAUAAGAAACCAGCUAAUUUGGAUUCAGUAGUAAGAAAUGGAGACUUGAUAAGUCAUAGAGCUCAUCGUCAUGAACCUUCUGUGAGUUCUAAGCCAAUUAAGAUUAUAUUCGAGAAUGAUGAUAUUAUAGCCAUCGAUAAACCUUCAGGAAUACCUGUGCAUCCAACAGGAAGAUAUAGAUUUAACACAAUAACCAAAUUAUUCCAGCAUGAGUUCGGAAAGACUGUUCAUCCAUGUAAUCGUUUAGAUAGGUUAACAAGUGGGUUGAUGUUUUUAGGGAAGAAUGCCCAAGGAGCCAAUGAAUUUGUUCAACAGAUCAAAGACAGGACCGUGAGGAAAUACUAUUUGGCUCGUGUGGUAGGGAAAUUUCCUUUAUCUACAACAGUUGAAAAACCUUUGAGUACCAUCUCACCUAAAUUAGGAUUGAAUAGAAUCGAUGAAAUCAAUGGUAAAGAAGCUAAAACUGAAUUCAAGAGAAUAUCUUAUGACAAAGAAAGUAAUACAUCCAUUGUUAAAUGUCAACCGUUAACAGGAAGAACUCAUCAAAUCCGUGUUCAUUUACAAUAUUUAGGACAUCCUAUUGCCAAUGACCCUAUUUAUUCAAAUGAAGAUGUGUGGGGACCUAAUUUGGGAAAGAAUGAUGAAGGCGACAACGAAUUUAUUCUCAAACAACUAGACAGAUAUGGUAAGGAUUUGGCCGUAUCCACUUGGAUCCAUAAACAAGCUGACGGUGAAGUGUUAUCAGGAGAGAAAUGUUCUCUCUGUUCAUCAGAUUUGUACACUGACCCAGGACCAAAUGAUCUUGAAUUAUGGUUACAUGGUUAUAAAUAUGAAUCAUCCACUGGAUCCUGGAGUUAUCAAACUGAAUACCCUGAUUGGGCUUUGGAGCCUCAUAAGAAGUACUUGGAAAUGGCUAUCAAAGAAGCAGAGAAGUGUGGAGAAACUACCACUCAGUUUAAUGUAGGGGCCGUACUCGUACAUGACGGUGAGGUCAUAAGUACUGGACAUACUAGAGAAAUAGAAGGAAACACUCAUGCUGAACAAUGUGCUUUAGAAAAGUAUCAUCAGAAAACAGGUUCUAAUCCACCACCUGGUUCAGAAUUAUAUACUUCAAUGGAACCAUGUACUUUCAGACUAAGUGGGAACAAACCAUGUACAGACAGAAUUCUAGACACUGAAAUUUCCACAGUAUUCGUUGGAGUAUUAGAACCUAAAGAUUUUGUUGAGAACAAUACCAGUGUUUCUAGAUUAGAACAGGCAGGUAUAGAUUACAUUCAUAUCCCAGGAUAUGAAGAACAGUGUAUAGAGAUCGCCAAGAAGGGCCAUAAGUAA